UGGUCGGAGGUGGUGCCUCCCUUGCGGCGACCGGAGCCUGGAGGUGGCGUCGGGAGCUGGAGCCCGGGGCUCGGAUGUCACCGCGCGGCCGGUCUGGAGCGCGUCUCGGGCUGGAGCCACAGCUUUCCACCAGGCCUGCCAGCCCCAGUCUCCAACUGCACAGCCAUGGAGGCCCUGGGUACUGGGAGUGAGCGCACCUCCCCAGCCUCGGCCACUGGAAGCCUGGACAUGCGACGGCUGUCCACCACGCGCUCCGACUCCGCCUACAGUUCUUUCUCCACAGCGUCUGGUGGUCCGGAGAUGGACACACCGUCCCCUGGCACCGAGAUCCUCCCUUACCUAGACUGGGACUAUGUGCGCGUGGCUUUGGGAAGCCGAUCCCCUACCCCGAAGGACACUACCCUUCCAACUACCCAGCAGCCAGAGCCGGUAGUCGCUGGGCACAGUGACCCGCGGCCCCCAGAGGCCCAAGGAAGCCCGAGGUCACUGAGCAGACAAGACACCCCUCUACUGUAUGCGCUGGCCGCCGAGGCUGAGGCUGCGGCUCUCACCGCUGAGCCACCCAGUCCCCCAGCUUCACGGGACGCCUACCGCCAGCGGCUGCAGGGUGCGCAGCGGCGAGUUCUACGGGAGACGUCCUUCCAGCGAAAGGAAUUCCGCAUGAGUCUGCCCGGCCGUCUGAGACCCCGGCUCCCCACGCGACCGCCCAUGCUGCAUGCGCGCUCUGCCUCCAGCUGCCAUGAGGGAGGAGAAGCGGAGGCGGCGGGCACCGCGGUCCCAGCGCUGGGUGCUGCUGCCCGGGGGCGUCUGGCCAGCCAGCAGCGCAUGUGUUGUUUCUCCGAGCCAGGCAAGCUGCAUCGCGUGGGCUGGAGCGGCGGGCACACGGGCGAGGGCUUGAGAGAGGCUUGUUCCACCCAGGAGUUGCAGCGUGGGGCGCACGCGAAGUCCAAAGGGCUGCAGGAGACUCAGUCCCUAAGCUCAGUGGAGCUGGACUCCCCGUCUGUGAAUCUUGGCAAUGGCUGUAGACCUGCGGGUCGGAGUCAGAGCGUUUCAAUCAUGGGUCCCCGCACGGGUUCAGAAAGGAUGGUGGCCACCCCUAUUCAGGCUGUGCCUCAAAGGACGGAAACCCCCAGACCAUUACUUCAGAUGAAGCUUCCCAGGGUUCCUGCCUCUAGGUUUGUGACUCAGAAGGAGGCUGCCAUGGCAUGUCCUGCAGAGGUCUUCCAGGGCAGCCCAGCUGGCUGUGGUCAGGGGGUCCCUGAGACCGUCAGAGCGUCUACUCCACACCCCUCCCUCCCCGAUGAUGAUGUGUUCCUGGAAGAAGCAGAGACACCACCACCUCAGGAUUCCCACGGCCCCCAGGGGCUCCCAACCAGCUCUUCUAGGGAUAUCCAUGCCUGUGACCAACGGAAUGAAAAUGACUUAAGCAAAAAAGCUGGCCAGAUUACUGUCUCAGCAGAGAGCCCCUUCCGCAAGAGCCCAGGGACCACAGGAGUUGAUGACAACUGGGAAGAAAGGGUGAACGGUUCUGUGGGUUUCUCAAGACCCACAAGCUGUAGCCCUCCUGAGACUACAAAUGAUGACAUUCCAACUGUUCACACUGCUGGACCACUGACCAUGGAUCCCUCUACAGUUACAGAAGAUAACCCCCUCAAGCCUCCCUCAGUCGAUGGGCUGCGACCUUUAGGCUCUGAGAGUCCAGGGCCCCCUCAUCACACUUCCCUGACCUGGGGCCAGCCUGCUCCUAAGCCAACCUGGCCUAGUCGGCAUUUUGAGGAGCUGGUUCGGCAGCUGGCCAGACUGGAUCCUUCUUUGAGCGACACUUUUGCUGCCCAACCUGGUCCAGAACUACCUCUUGGUCUGCUAGAUGGGCUUUUUCCUGCCACAGAGGUCUGGGUUGCCAUGAGGCCAGCCUGUGAGACCGCUGGAGAGGAGGCUGCUGGAGAAGAGGCCUCUGGAGAGGAGGCAGCAGGAGCUUCGGAUGCAGGGUCCUGCAGAAGUCACUUUACCCAGGAACUACCGACUUCGGAGGCAACAAGAUCGGAAAACACUACCCCGCACGCUGUGCCUCACCAGUCAAAAGGCCAGGGACUCCCAAAACCAAACAACACUCAGGCCAAGAAAGUGGAGCUAGCCCGCCUCCUGCAAAAGAUGCUCCAGGAUCUUCACGCUGAGCAGGAGCGACUGCGGGCGAAGUCUGCAGACUGGACCCGAUGUCUUGGAGCUCUAGAGGCUGCAGUGAGCCAAGCCUGUACACCCCGGGAGCUGGAGCGGUUCCGUCGGUUCAUGACUGAUUUAGAGCGCGUGCUUGGUCUUCUGCUGCUGCUGGGUAGCCGCCUGGUCCGUGUGAACCUCGCCUUGGCCAAGGCAGGAUCGGAUAGCGACCCCGAUGAGAGGGUAAAAGAGGUUGAGGCCUCGCUGCUACAGCGACUCCGGCUUCUGCAGCGACAGCAGGAGGAUGCCAAGGAGCUGAAGGAGCACGUGGCUCGGCGGGAGCAAGCCCUGCAUCAGGUGUUGGAGCGGGAGCUGCCCACAGAGCAUCUGCGCUCCUAUUGUGUGCUGCUGGCCGCCAAGGCCAGGAUCCUGUCCCAACAGCGCAGCCUGGACGACCGAAUCCGGUUCCUUAAGGACCAGCUGGAUACCAUCUGGAGCGACCUCAGCCAUCAUUCCCUUUCUCCCAGACUGUCCUGGGCCCCAGGAAUCCGUCCUCUGGACAAACCACUUUUCCCUGCUACCGCUAUCUAGUUACAGGUAGAGAAGGUGAGAAGUAUUGUCCCAGCCUCACCCUCAACUGGGGUCAUGCUUUUUUAUAUAUAUAGAGUUUUCCCUUGAGGGAAAAGGAGGCCUCAGACCAGGUCUCCCCAGGACACAUCUUUCUACAGUGUUCUGUGACCUUACUCAAGCUUUCAAUUACUUGGGAAUUAAUUUAUGGGUCUUAAAAACUGCAAUAUUCAACCAGGUGGUGGUGCAUGCCUUUAAUCUCAAUACUGGGAGGCAGAGGCAGGCAGAUCUCUGUGAGUUUGAGACCAGCCUGGUCUACAGAGUGAGUUCCAGGACAACCAGGACUGUUACAUAAAGAA